GAGAUCCAUGCUGGCUAUUUUUAACCACCCCCGGAGGAUAACAGUGGGUAUUGGAAGAGAGUGGAUCAAGACCCCAGUCGGCACCAGACCGCCGACCGUACACCACUCUUGUUGACUCGCCAAGCACCUUAACACAAUGGCUGAUAAGGAGAAGAAGAAGAAGAAGAAGAAGGAAGAAGCAGCACCACCACCAGAGCCAGAGCCCGCUCCAGCCCCCGAACCAGAGCCUGCUCCAUCCAAGGCCUCCACCAAGGCCAGCUCCCGCGGCUCCAAGAAGUCUGCCAAGCGAUCCGGCUCCAAUGUCUUCUCUAUGUUCUCACAGGGACAGAUUGCUGAGUUCAAGGAAGGCUUUGCUUUCAUGGACGCUGACAAGGACGGCAUCAUCGGCAAGGCCGACCUGAGGUCCACCUUCAACCAGAUCGGCAAGCUGGUGUCUGAGAAGGAGCUGGAUGAGAUGGUUAGUGAGGCUCCUGGCCCCAUCAACUUCACUCAGAUGCUGACUCUCUUCGCCAACCGCAUGUCAGGACAGGCUGAUGAGGAUGAUGUUGUCAUCGCUGCCUUCAGGACCUUCGACAACGAUGGUGUAAUCGACGGUGAGAAGCUGAGACACGCCCUGACCACCUGGGGUGAGAAGUUCUCCGCCAAGGAGGUAGACGACGCAUUUGAGGCCAUGGUGAUUGAUGAGAAGGGCAACAUUGACACUGAGGCUCUCAUUGAGCUGCUGGUCGGUGCCUCCAAUGAAGAGGAGGAAGAGUAAACACCAACAACAACAACAACAACAACAUGAGGCGACCAACUCCAACCAACUACAUACUUCGCAACAUCUGAAUUUCAACUACAUUUAUUCGGUUUAUUUAUUUUUAACAUAAGUGGUGAGAUGUCUUCGUAUGUGUACUUAUCGGAAUUAAUAUGAGUGAAAAUGUCAAGCAAGAUUUGAAUUUAGCACUAAAUGUUCUUAUUAUAAGCAGUAAAGAAACAAUUUCCUAAACUA